AUGGUCGGAAUCAGCAACAAGGAAGCACCUCUCCGUCUGCUCUCUCUCGACGGCGGAGGCGUAACUGCCCUCAGCGAGCUAUUUAUCCUCAAAGAGACCAUGCUCCAGAUCCAACGCCAGAACAACCUCCGAGUCACUCCCAAACCAUGCGAAUUCUUCGACAUGAUCGGAGGUUCUGGCACUGGAGGUCUCUUCGCUAUCAUGCUCGGCCGUCUGCACAUGUCUAUCGAUGAUACCGUGGAGGAGUAUCGACAGCUCGCCAUCGCUGUCUUCUCUAACAAAAAGUCUAUAACUAGUGAGGGUGCUUAUAAGGCAAGCACCUUUGAGAAGAUGAUUCAGUCCAUGGUGCAGAAGUACGGGAGGGAUUCCAACAAGACACUUUUUGACCCACAUAAUGAGUCGCCCUGCAAAGUAUUCGUCUGCUGCCGCAGCACAAUGGCAAUGAACACUGCCAAGCUCCUCCGUUCUUAUUCCAGCUACACCAUAGAAGACGCCCCAAACGCAACAGUGUGGGAAGCUGCUCGCGCAACAACCGCAACCCCCGGCAUCUUCAAGCGCAUCCGUGUGAAGACUCUCGCCGGACACGACGAGCUCAUCGACGGCAGCAUGGGCUCCAAGAACCCAGCCAUGAUUUUGAUAACCGAAGCAGCCGCCGCUUUCGGUCUUGACCGUGCAGUUUCAUGCAUUAUGAGUAUGGGAUCAGGCCCCCAACAUAUCAUCAACCUCAGAUCUAAGGGCUUCCUUCAGCGAUUGAUUCCGACGCAGCUCGUUUCGGCCGUGAAGAACAUGGCGUAUGAUGCGGAGCAGACCGCACGGGACUUGGAUUACAAGUUCAAGAGGUUCGGUGAUCUUUACUUCCGGUUUAAUACCCAGACUGGACUUGACAAGAUUGACUCCGAUGAUUGGAAGAGGAUGGGAGACGUUAAGUCCUUGACAUUGGGGUAUCUGGAUAGCCCGAGUGUUGCAAAGGAUGUGGUGCGGGUUGCGUCUGUUUUGAAGACAGACUCGGUUGGAAAGGCUCCGAUUUCGAGACUGGUUUGA